CAGUGACAAAUCCCAUAAUCCCCUUUAAAAAUUAAAAAAGAAGCUGUGUUCUAGAUUAUCGAAUUGAAUGCAGGAGGGAGAGAAGCCUCUCGUUUAGUUUCGCAAGAGACGAGAAUUUGAUUGUUUUCUUGGGUCGGAAUUUAUUUAUCAGGCUAGGGAGGGAGAUUUUGGGAUCCAAUGGUUAAAGAUUGUUGUUAAGAUAGUAAGUUAGAUAAAGAAAUGAAAAUGGAAGAGACAAGUUUAACGACGCCAGGAACUGGAAGUUCAUCUUAUCUGAAGGCUCUCACCGUUGAAAUCGAGAAAAAGCUGCAAAGGGCACUAGCUUCUGCAUCUCAGAGACGGAACUUGUUACAAGAAUUGUUUGCUGACAUUGCUUUGGAAGUUGAUGAUCGUGCUCGAGGUAUAAUUUUCAGCAGGGAAGAAGAUGAAAUUUCUCCUGCUGAAGCUGCUGCUGAUGGCCAAUUGUGCUUUUACGAUGUGCUUGCUGAUUAUUAUGUUUGGGUGCCUGCGAGUGGAAAACAAAUUCUUCAUUUGAUUGUCCAACUCUGGAGCCAGUCAUUUGCAUCACAUAUUUUCGCUCUUUUGUUCCAUAAAUGGCUUUUUGAAGCUCAGCUGGAUAAUACUGAAGUACUUGUUCGUUUCUCAUCUGCUCUUGUUCAAGGUGCUACAAAUGUUUUGUGGAUUGACAUCCAAACAAACAAAAGGCAUUUCCAGUCCCUAUUUCAGUAUCUCCUUGAGGAAGUUGCCUUGGAGCCUAUGCGGUUGAACAGAAUUCCAGUGCAGGCCCAGAGGGAACUGUUUCUUUUACUCUCAAGGUUCAUACUCUUUUACAACUCAGUUGACAAGAUCGACAGCUUCUUAAAACAAUUUCCUAUUUUUCCAAAUGCUUUCUUGGUUGGUGGUCCCGCAGACUUCUUUGUUAUUGAACUUGCAGAUCAGCUUCAAAAGUUAAAGGUGGAGCCAGUUCUAUUGCAUUACCUUUCACAAAUUAAAGUUCUCCAAGGCAUGGAAUUGAGAAUGACCACAAGUACAAGAUUAAAGGCAUGUUUGUAUAGCUUUACUUCUCCUGGCGGUCCAAUGUAUCCCACUAGAGCUGUCCGUCAUGCUGCCUGGGAUGCUUUGGAUUUGCUUUUCCCCGUUGGACGGUAUCCUCGCCAUUUCAUAAGCCUGUUUUUUCGACUGCUAUAUCCAUGGUACUGGCCGUCAUCAUGUUGGAACUUCAUAAUAUCUUGCAUCAAGGCCGUAUUCUAUUCUCUGCUGAGGGUGUUGUUUUCUAGAUGGGAUAAGCUGAGAGAGCCAAAGAACUGCUAGACCUGAUGCCAAAACCAGCUCCCCUAAAGCUUACACUUGCACUUUCAGCUUGAACGUGUAGCAUUUCAUGUUAUUUUGUGUUGUACAAGUGCUUUCCCUUUGCUUGAGUUACCCUCUCGUUUUAGUCUUUUGAGGGUAAUUUCCAUAUACAUGUUAGUUUUCUAACAUGUAUAUUAUAAUUGGAUGCAUAACUAAAUUGUAUUCUUAACAUUAUUCCAAUUGGUCAAGUUUAUUUGAAGUAACGGUGUUUGAAUGGAA